AAUGACGUCAGGAGAAGAGUAAUGGCUGCUGGACUCAUGCUACACAGUUGAGUUACAAAUAUCAAUUAAAGAUGAUUUUUCAUGCACUUAUUAGCUAUCAAACCGUCUGAAAUCAAAGGUGACACUGCAAGAUACGGUGUGAUUGGUCAGAUAGCAGAAUGACGUCCAUCAUCAAGCUGACCGCUUUGUCUGGCGUCCAGGAGGAAUCAGCUCUGUGUUACCUGUUACAGGUGGACGAGUUCCGCUUCCUGUUGGACUGUGGCUGGGAUGAAAGCUUCUCCAUGGACAUCAUAGACUCCCUGAAACGGUAUGUUCAUCAGGUGGACGCAGUGUUGCUCUCUCACCCUGAUCAUUUGCAUCUGGGCGCUUUGCCGUACGCUGUAGGAAAACUGGGGCUUAACUGCACCAUCUACGCCACCAUACCUGUCUAUAAGAUGGGCCAAAUGUUCAUGUACGAUCUCUAUCAGUCUCGACACAACACAGAGGAUUUCAGUCUGUUUACCCUGGAUGAUGUGGAUUCAGCAUUUGACAAAAUUCAGCAGUUAAAAUAUUCACAGAUAGUCAACCUAAAAGGAAAAGGUCACGGUCUGUCCAUCACCCCUCUUCCUGCGGGUCACAUGAUCGGAGGCACUAUCUGGAAAAUCGUUAAGGAUGGUGAGGAAGAGAUUGUAUAUGCUGUGGAUUUCAACCACAAGAGAGAGAUACAUCUGAACGGUUGCUCUCUGGAAACGAUCAGCAGACCAUCUCUUCUCAUCACCGACUCCUUCAACGCCUCGUAUGUGCAGCCUCGUAGAAAACAGCGAGACGAGCAACUGCUCACCAAUGUCAUGGAGACCCUCCGUGGUGAUGGCAACGUGCUGAUCGCUGUGGAUACAGCGGGACGUGUACUGGAGCUCGCUCAACUCCUAGAUCAGAUCUGGAGGACCAAAGAUGCAGGACUAGGCGUCUACUCACUUGCCCUGCUCAACAAUGUCAGCUACAACGUGGUGGAAUUCUCAAAGUCGCAGGUAGAGUGGAUGAGCGAUAAGCUUAUGCGAUGUUUUGAGGACAAACGCAACAAUCCAUUCCAGUUCCGCCACCUCUCACUCUGUCACAGUCUGGCUGAUCUGUCCCGUGUGCCCAGCCCGAAAGUGGUUCUGUGCAGUCAGCCUGAUUUAGAGUCCGGCUUCUCACGGGAACUCUUCAUUCAGUGGUGCCAGGAUGCUAAAAACUCGGUGAUCCUCACCUACCGGACCACACCGGGUACGCUGGCACGCUACCUCAUCGAUAACCCGGGAGAGAAGAGGAUAGAUCUGGAGAUAAGAAAGCGCUGCAGGCUGGAGGGACGAGAGCUGGAGGAAUAUGUGGAGAAAGAGAAAUUGAAGAAAGAAGCUGCCAAAAAGCUGGAGCAGGCGAAAGAGGUGGAUAUGGACUCGAGCGAUGAGAGCGAUAUGGAGGAUGAUAUAGAGCAGCCGGCGGUGGUGAAGACCAAACAUCACGACCUGAUGAUGAAGGGGGAGGGAGGGAGGAAGGGCAGCUUCUUCAAACAGGCCAAGAAGACCUACCCCAUGUUCCCCACACAUGAGGAGAGGAUCAAAUGGGAUGAGUAUGGGGAGAUCAUCCGGCCAGAGGAGUUUUUGGUUCCAGAGCUUCAGGCCACUGAAGAGGAGAAGAGUAAACUGGAGUCUGGAAUGACAAACGGAGAAGAGCACAUGGAUCAAGACCUGUCUGACGUACCCACCAAAUGCAUCAGUACAACACAAACACUAGACAUCAGAGCUCGAGUCACAUACAUCGACUAUGAGGGCCGUUCUGACGGAGACUCCAUUAAGAAGAUAAUAAACCAGAUGAAACCCAGACAGCUGGUGAUCGUUCAUGGUCCUCCUGAGUCCAGUCAGGAUCUGGCCGAAUCCUGUAAGGCCUUCUGUGAGAAAGACAUUAAAAUUUACACACCAAAACUACAAGAGACUGUUGAUGCCACCAGUGAGACACACAUUUACCAGGUGAGACUGAAAGACUCUCUGGUGAGUUCACUUCAGUUCUGUAAAGCCAAAGACACAGAGCUGGCCUGGAUCGAUGGUGUUCUGGACAUGCGUGUGGAAAAAGUGGACACGGGUGUCAUCGCAGAGAUAGGCGAAGCGAAAGAGGAGGCAGAGGAUGCAGAUCUGACCAUGGACGUCUCGACAGACCUGACGACGGUGCCCAUUGCCGUGGCUAACCAGCGCGCCAUGAAAACUCUGUUUGGAGAAGAUGACAGGGAGAUAUCGGAGGAAAGUGACGUCAUACCCACCCUCGAACCCCUGCCUGCACAUGAAGUUCCAGGUCAUCAGUCCGUUUUCAUCAACGAACCGCGACUGUCGGACUUCAAACAGGUUCUGCUGCGUGAAGGAAUCCAGGCAGAGUUUGUUGGUGGCGUGCUCGUCUGUAAUAAUCAGGUCGCUGUCAGGAGGACGGAAGCAGGCCGUAUCUGUCUGGAAGGGUGUCAUUGUGAUGACUACUACAGGAUACGUGAGCUGUUGUAUCAGCAGUACGCCGUAGUUUAGCUCUUCAAUCGGGACUUAUCUCAAUGUAAUUGGGACUACAACUCUAGCGUUACCCUUACUUUCCUUUUGUAGCAUAUGAGUUGUGUUUUUUUUUUUAUUUGUUUACCCCACAUCACAUGGCAGAUGUUCUCUAAAAGUGACCCAAGAUUAGAGCGUCUGUGUGGACUGUAGAAGAAUCGUUGCUUUUCAGAUUUGCUUGAUGCAAAGAAUGUUUUACCCCUUUGUUUUGUUCACUGAUAAACUUCAGUUUUUGUAAUGAAACAUUGUGUCAGCUUAUUCAUUUUGCAGAUUUGACCAAAUGUGAAGUAUACAACAGAGCAUACUGCACUACACUGUAAAAAAUAAAAUUACAUUUUAUCCAUCUUAUGGGGGUUCUUAAGUCACAGACACAAUAAAAUGUGAAUUACUUUGCAUCUACAUAAAAACACAUGUUUGACCAACAAUAUCCCCCCAAAUGUUGUCUGAACGAACAGUUUCAUACUGAACAAUGUUGCUGAUUUGUAAGGUUUUAGCAUGCAUUGCAACAUGAAUAAAUUAUGUGGUUAGUGUUA